CCAAUUGGCCCAAUUUACAAGUCGGCGUCGUCUACUCGUGAAACGUUUUUAACUAUCUGUCUAAUUUAAAUUUAAUAUUCAUAUUUUUCCAUUUUCAAAACAAAUAAUAAAUUUAUGUAAUUUCCAUCUUCAGUAGUUUUUUUAUAUAUAUAAUGUACUCAAAUUGUUUUGAUUGUGAAAGCCCCCAAAAUUACAAUGCCGACGGUUUCUCGAUACUGGCUGUCGGAGCACCCUUCCAUUGUCAAUUUCAGAUGGAGCCACUCCCAAUCAUGGGGCUCCACGUGGUCUUUCCUCGUCGGCACCGUCACGCUCUACCUCCUCGCCGCCGUCUUCCUCCGUCUUUCUACGAUCCUCCUCCGCCGCGAUCGCCCGGUCCCACUCGGCCUGAUUCCGGCCGUUCACAGUCUCUCCAUGGCUGUAAUCUCCGCCGUCAUCUUCGCUGGUAUCCUCUUCUCCGCUGCGGCCGAGAUUCGUGACACCCGGUGGCUCUGGCGACGGAGCAGAACCAGAACCACCCCAUUUCAAUGGCUGCUCUGUUUUCCAAUUGGCACUCGCCCCUCCGGGCGCGUGUUCUUCUGGUCGUACAUUUUUUACCUCUCUCGAUACCUCCAUCUCCUCCGCACCUUUUUCACCGUCCUCCGCUGCCGUCGCCUCCCAUUGUUCCACCUCUUCAAUCAUUCCAUCCUCAUCCUCACUUCCUUCCUCUGGCUCGAAUUCGCACAGUCUUUUCAAAUUCUCGCCAUUCUCUCCACUACCCUCCUCCAUACCCUCGUCUAUGGUUACCGAUUCUUGACCGCCGUCGGGCUCCCGGCCGCCUGCUUCCCGUUCGUACUUAAUUGCCAAGCUGCUCUUCUUUCCUGUAACUUGCUCUAUCAUCUUGGGAUGUAUUCAUUUCACGUUCUGAAAGGCGGGUGCAACGGCAUUGGCGCUUGGGCUUGCAAUUCUGUGCUUAAUUCCGUUAUCCUUUUGCUGUUCGUGAAAUUCUACAAGGAAAAUUGUUCGGGUUUGAUUUAUAAGAAGCCUGCGAAUUUCUGAAAUGGGUUUUGCUCUGUUCAUGUUUUUGUUUUGAUGGGAAUGGGGUAUCACUGUAAAGUUUUCUUUUUGUAGUUGUAGUUUGCACAGAGAGAAGAGGAAGAUGUUGAUACUUUAGUUCAUAGAAGUCCGUCGUCAAAUACAGUGUUUGUUCUUAAAGGAACAGAAAUUGUCAAAUGUCAA